AUGACAGCCUUAACGCAACCCACAGCACGUGGAGCCCUUAUUGUUGUCGAGGGUCUUGACCGCGCUGGCAAAUCGAGCCAGUGCGAAAUACUACAAAAGUCUCUUUCACAGCAAGGAAAUGCGGUCAAAUAUAUUCGAUUUCCAGAUAGGACUACGCCCAUUGGGAAGUUAAUUGAUAGCUAUCUACGCGGCUCAACCUACCAAGACGAUCACUCCAUCCACCUUCUUUUCUCAGCAAACCGCUGGGAAAUCGCAAAAAGCAUUGAAGACGAAAUCGCAAACGGAACAACAGUCAUCGUAGACCGCUACUCAUAUUCCGGCGUCGUCUACUCAGCCGCGAAAGCAAACCCCACGCUCUCAUUGGAAUGGGCUUGGCAGCCGGAGAUCGGUCUGCCACGUCCGGAUAUCUGCCUAUUCCUCAACAUCACUCCCGAAGAAGCAGCGAGGCGAGGUGGAUUCGGCGCGGAGCGGUACGAGAAUGAGCCUAUGCAGACUCGCGUGCGGGAGCUCUUCCGCUCGAUAUUCGAAAGACAGACGGAUGUUUCGAUUAUCGAUGCUGGGAAGUCUAUCGAUGAGGUCGCGGUUGAAAUAAAAAAUGCUGUGUUUGAUUGCAUUUCGCGUAUGGAUGCGACGAGCGCAUUGAGAAAGUUGGAACCUCUUGCAAAUUAG